CCAACCUUAACCUUCGGAACAUUCUAGCGUCCCAGAUUGAGCCAAGUGCGAGUAGACCGCUCAUGCAACGAUCACCCUUCGACUGGCUGUGGCAAUGCAGCGUUACUGCCGGCUCCUCGCAUGCGACGAAUCUCAACAGGAGGAAGGCGCCGCGCUCGGUAAGAGGCGACUACAGGGUGCCGGCUGUGGCACACCCCACUGUUAACAAGUAAAUUAUGGGGAACACGAGCGGACAGACCACUUUCUUCUCGUGUUUGGCCCGAAUGACUUCAUACGAUUGCCAUACGGCCAGUGCCCAGCAACACCAGCCUCAUCGCCCUCGAGUCGGCAGCAGCGGCAUUAUGUCAACGAGAUGGCACUGCCAGCACAGAGAUCUGUAGAUAUAUAAGAGGUCCGCCAGGCCCCCAAUAGAUUCUCAUCAUCACAACAUCAACACAUCAAUCCACUACACUACAACACCUCCUCUACUACCAAUCUUACCAACCAACACCUUCAACAUGAAGUUCACCACCGCCGCCAUCGCCGCCUCUGCUGCUGCCCUUGUCUCCGCCACUCCUUGCGCAUCUGCCACCGCCGACUCUGACAUCAAGACCGGCGAUGUCUUCCGCGUCAUGACGCUCCGCUCUGGCUCAGACAUCCAGUACGGCUCCCUGCAGGCCGCCAACGGUGGCCUCGUCCUCAACGUCGCCCAGCAGAAUGCCUCCUGCAGCGAGGCCGUCAACUACGCCUCUUUCCAACUCACUGAGGCCGGCGAGCUGUACCUCUACACCGACAACCCGCCUCAGUACUUCUACACCGACCGAUCUGGCAUGGGCCAGGGUGUCCUCGGAUUCACCACUGGUGCCCAGGGCGCUCCCAGGAACAGCGAGCGCACCGGCUUCACCCUCGACGAGAACAACAACCUGAUCUUCAAGGACCAGUCCGACCAGGAGAUCGGCUUCCAGGCCUGCCCCAGCAAGGCCCUCGGCGGCUACUCUAUCUGGCUCAACAGCACCCCCAACCCCGCCGGCUACGAGGGCUGCCUCGGCUUCAGCGCCCGCGCGGUCAAGGAGGACAAGGCCAUCUCCUGCUCCUACACCGCCGGACAGUAAGCGGAUCAUGAUUAGAGCGUUCGAUUUUGUUAGCAUUUAGCAUUCCUUACACUCGCAUGGAUUAGACGCUUACGCUUGUAAUGUUUCAACUGUAUAUAUUUAGACAAUUAGAGACGAAUGAUUGCAUCAUUGCAAA